AAUUGCGUUUAUUGCUCAGCUUUGUCUGUGGUGCUCCGCGGUCAGCCGUGAUUGAUUCGAACACACCCCCCCUCGCGUGCCCCGGGACCCUGUCCGGUCAUAAGUCACCUCACAGGUAUGAUGUUCAGUCCUGCGCCGCCUCUCCGUGACCCUGGCGCGGAGAUGAUGUAUAGUGUGUGGCCUCUUCCACAGCUAUUUGUUUGCGGCGUAUGGGAGCUCAAAGCUUUCGCACGCCUUGUGCACUACGUGAUCCUAUUGGACGAGCGGGGCAGUGGAUAUUGCAAAUGAUGAUGAGGGGGGGAGAGAGGGGAGGAGGUGGAGAGCUCCUGUCUUUCCAACGGCAGACACGCAGCGCUCCUUAAGACUCCAGAUGCCUUUACAGAAUACGCGCCGCUGUUUUCUGUGCGAGUUGCCUCUCCUGUCUUAAAUCGAUCGUUGUGUUAUCGAAAACCAGAAGAUUAUGGGGAUCGCGUAUUAUGCGGGAACACGUGGAAAGCUUAUGAGACGAGCGGCUGCGCGCCCGUCCUCAUUGUGAUGGAGGAGCGCGGUGGUGCAUCGCUGGGGAUGAGUGAGAGGUGCGGAGGAGAUAAUCAACGAAGACACUGAGAGCUGUGCGUUUGGACAAGGUCAUCGGAGCCCAGCCUUGGCAGGAUUAUGUCCAUGUGGAGGCGGCAAGGGCGGACUUUUAUGCUUCCUCUCCGGGGACGAGGUUGCCUGGGGUGUCCCCUGAAAACCAAGAGUUUCUCUCCUUGCGUUGGCUCACAGAGGCGGCGAAGAGCCCAUCUAUUGGUGGCUGAGCUGUAUUUUUGACUAUCUGCGUGUCUUGGAGAUAAAAGUUUCCCCGCUCUGCUCGACGGGUGGGUGCUCUAUUCUCCCACCGACUCUUCUAUUGAACGCAGCUGAAGCCAGUUAAGGUGAUUUAGUGGGUGCUGGUUAAAGGGGCAGCGGCGGCGGGUGGGUUGAAUUCCACCAGAGAAACAGCAAGAAAAAAAAAAGAAAAGAAAAAAGACAAAAUAAAGAUUUAUUUUUUAAAAAGCGGCGGCCAGCUGUGUUUCUGGACUACCACAUCUGCCGUUGUUGUCGCCGCUGUCCAUGGUGCUGAACUCGGGCUCCAGGAAUGGUGGAGACGCUGAGUAUCGCAGUGAUCGGUGCUCCCGGAGUGGGGAAAACUUCUAUAAUCCGCCAGUUCAUCUAUAACGACUUCUCGGAGGUGUACACGCCGACCAGGACCAGAUAUGUGUACAGACCCUCCGUCAUACUGAACGGGAACAUGUACGAGCUGAAGAUUUUGGACGUCCCGCCGAUCUCCUCUUUUCCAUCAAGCUCCAGUCAGGAAUGGCUGGAUUUGCGCUGCAGAGGUGUUCGUAAUGCCAACGCAUACAUCCUGGUGUAUGACAUCUGCUGCGUGGAGAGCUUUGAAUACGUCAAAAUGAUCCGACAGCAGAUAGUAGAGAACAGGGAAGGUAGCAGCAGCGAGGUGCCAAUCCUGGUGGUGGGUAACAAGAGAGAUCUGCAGCGUCAGCGCUUCAUGCCUCGCAGGGCCGUGUCGGUUCUGGUGAAGAAGACAUGGAAGUGCGGUUAUGUGGAGUGCUCUGCCAAGUUUAACUGGCACGUAGUCCUGCUCUUCAAGGAGCUGCUGGGGAUUGCUGUGGCACGGGGGAUGCGCCAGAACCACACCUCCAUUCGUUUGCAGGGGGCGCUACAGAGGAAUCGCUGCACCAUCAUGUGACCCUCAGAGCUCCCUCCACCCCUGCCAACUCAGGAGUGGAGCGGCAGCAGAGAGAAGGACUUUCUAUCAAAAUGGCUGGGAAAAAUAACCCCGUGGCCUCCUGCUUUACUGAGCUGAUUUUUCUUAAUGAGGUUUAUUAGAUUCGUGCGCUGUAAAAGACACUCAAAUUACACACAUGGUCAUCCAACCACUUCCUAGUCAACUGUGUAGAAACAAGGAAGGAAAUGGGAAAAAGAAAGCAGGUGACAAACAAUACAAAAAGCAUAGCACAGAUAUGUUUCUCACAUCACAGGUCAACAUUUCAGGCUGCGCUUCCCAAUAUGAAAGGUCUGUCGCUGGGCCUGACAGGGCAGAAGCUGUGUUUGUGAGAGUCAAAGCGGACAGGCAGCAAUAUCAUCCAGUCUUCCUUUUGAAUUUGCCACACUCUGUAAGGUCAAAAGCAGAAGCUCACAUCUAACAUCACUGGAUUUAUUGGGAUUUGUGCAUGAGACCGACAGGCAAAAAGAUGGAAACGAUAAAAAGUGAGAGCGCUCAUUUUCUGCGCCAGUUAUCUCAAAAAGUACAUAGAUAGAUAUGGUUAGGUGGUGUUUAAUUUUAGAUUCUGAGAAGUAGCCAUGCAUUUUUGUUCUCUGCCCCAUCCUCUAUUAGAAUCUUGGCCGACAGUAAAAGCUGCUUGUUCACAGAAAGGCUGUUUUAAGGUUGUCUUGCAGCAGAAAAUGCUGCAGUCCCUUAUCAUGUACUGUAGGACUUUAAUCUGCUCCCUCCCCUCACUCAGUGUCUGUUUCUGAUGAAUACAUUAAAUCCAGGGAACGGGGAACCAGCAGGAGGCUCCGGAGCCUGAAACAAGAACCUGUGUGUGGAGUGCGUGUGUGUGUGUGUGUGUGUGUGUGUGUGUGUGUGUGUGUGUGUGUGUGUGUGUGUGUGUGUGUGUGUGAGAGAGAGAGAGAGAGAGAGAGAGAGAGAAAGAGAUGGAGAGAGGGAGAGGCAGGUUUAUAGUUGACAUUCAGGCAAGCAAAGGACAGACGCGGCAAGAUAACAGACAGAUGUUGAAGCACUGGAUUAGAAAGGAGCAAUAAACACACACGGGGAUGUCCAGACUGACUAUAUGUGCCACAUUAUUAUAUUAAAAAUGCCUCGCUACACACAGUCAAUGUAAUCCACUUGCGCUCCAGCAGAAAUACA